AUGGCUACUGUACACACGCAUGGAGUUGCUGAAAAGGAAGCGACGAAGCUUAUGCUCCGAGAGUUACCUAGCGGAACCGUGCGAUACGUGUCCAACUUCACUCCGCUCCAGAGCUUCAUUGGACUCAUCAUCUGCGACAAGACUCCAGACGCUACCAACGCCCGCGCGCUACCGGUUAACGAGCUGCUCGCGCUCGCACUGAACGAACUGGCCGCCAGCCAUAGAUCGCCGGACACAAAUGCAGAUUUCGAAGAGAGGGCCAAGCAGUCGUCACGGAUCAGCAAGGUCGGAUCCGGAGGCUUUUUCCAGCAUCUCCCCAAUCGCGACAUGGCGAGCAAGGUGGCUGAGCGUCACAGCGCUUCUAGCCUAGGGCCGUCCUUUCCAGCUCUCAUCUACAUGAAUUUCGCAUGGAGUGCGCAGAGCGUCGCCAACUUCGAGCAGAGUUCCCAACGCACCCGAUACAUGGCCAGCGACUACCUUAACAAUCGACCAUCGCACGCGGUUCCCAUCAGUGCUUUUCAGGUCGCAGCGCACAAGACGUACCCGCUUUACAAAACCGAACACGACUCAUACGUCAUCAUCGUAACUUCUACCUACAUUUACCUUCUACAGAACCAACAGCUCGAAGAGAUUGUCCAACUAUGGAACCCGAAGAAGCGGAAUCCGUCCGGUGCGGAUCGCAGCCAUCAGCUCGAGACAUUUCCGGGUCUGUGGAAAGACGACCCUUCGUACAAACUUUGGGACGCCUUUACACCAUAUCGCCACACUAGUCUUGAGGACUUAUACAAUGCCGUAGAACAGACCUGUCGCCCUUCAAACUUCACGUCUGGCGAGCUUUUCGCGAUCCUUCCGCGGCCGUUGCAUUCACAGCCCAGGAUACCAUUUGGCACGGGUGCGAGCCUAGACCAUGCAGGGCAGCUUUCCCUCGUGUUGGCAGUGGACGGCCGAGUCAAAGGCCACCGGCGCGGAGAGCGGAAGACAAACGCCAGAAGGCGCGGGCAGUCCACUGAAAGUGAUCAGCCUGUCAAUAGUGUGGACUGA